UUUCCGCAUCCCCAUAUACGACGACGACUUCAAUAAUUCAACGAGGGGGAGGGGUUUCGGACACUUCGGAUGAGGAAUCUGUGCUACUCUUGACGAUACAAAUUGCUUUACCCAGCACAGGGUUGUUAGCCACUAUCACAGGAUUGUUAAUAUGGUUAAGAGGAAAGUUCCGAAAAGCAGCUGAAAAUCAAGUCGAGGACGUAGAGAUGAAUUCUGUAAAUUCCGAUUCCUCUCAUCAUUCUUCAGCGCCGCUUUCGAUAACAAGCUCUGAUUCCGAUUCGCCCCCAGAGGAGCCUUUAGCUCACAGAACCAGGUCAAGAGUCAGAUCUAGAUUGGAGAAGAUAGCUACGCCAGGAGCUGAACGGGAGGAUUCCGAUGCAGAGGUCGAACGGGAAGAUUCAGAAACUGUAUUGAAGGAAGUACUAGAAUAGUAACUGGUAACUGAACUGUAGGUCUGUAAUGACACACUGUACCAGGAGCUGACUGUAAUGAGAAGACGUAGAUCAUAUAUUUAGUGGAAGUACUCUAGUCUUUAGUCUCUAGUAUCCGAACUGUAGAUCUGUAGUGAGACGACAUAAUAUAUGAUAACGCUAGAUCUGAUCUGAUCCAUGUAAAUAUAACGUUAAAUGACACUUCUAAAAUCAUCUGAGACUGUGAGAUGUACAAAGCUGCACAUACUGUAAUAUAAAAGGCAAAACUACUUAAAGUUUUUAAGAGGAAUAUAAAGACGCUUAGGCUGUGAUUUUAGCUUGUUUAUGAUAUAGAGAGAACAGAAAUGGAUAGUACUAGCUGAUUUUUUCAAAUAAAAAUUUUUUUUUUCAUGUUACACGACGUGUUUUCGUUCUAUCACUACUUAAAACUAAAUAUAAACUAAGAACAGUGGGCAGGAAAAUGCAGAAGUAAAA